CCUGUAGCCUCAUAUGCGUACGACGCAGAUGCCUUCGACCAGGACAGCACGCCACCUACUCCCAGGAGCAGCAGAGGCAGCACUGUAAGAAGACAUGGUCGACGUCUCGCCUCUGACUGGGAUCUAAAGAGCCGGCUGCCCUCACGCCUGAUUCUCGAUGACCACGCUUCCCUUCUCGACAACCCUGAUGGCCGCCCAUCUUAUCGUGCCAUUGCUUCAGCACCACAGUCUCCAAAGAAGACAUUUCGAAGAAGGAACAGCGCUCCAAGCGUUGAUAGGCGUCCAGGAACCUUCAGCAGAACGCUCAGCUCGAGGUCACUCUGCUCCUUACGCAAUGCCGCAGCACUAACACCUAAGUCAGACGACGAGAACGAGGAUCAACAAAAGCUAUCCGAAUCGAUUUAUUACGACGACCGCGUCUGGUACGAUCAAUACACGAGUACCGAUUGGGUCCAAGACAGCAUAAGCGAUGCCUUCCGCUUGAAAGAGUUGCGUAGCCGGAAAGGCUUCAGGGGGAGAACGGAAGCUCUAUUUGAUUCUGCUCAAGGUUGGAUACUGGUCGCUGUCAUCGGGUGCGUCACUGCAGGCAUCGCAUAUAUUGUGGACGUGUCCGAAUCUUUCAUAUUCGACUUGAAGACAGGCUAUUGCUCCACUACAUGGUACCAUGGAAAAAGGAGUUGCUGUGGAGGCGCCAGUACCUGCGACCAAUGGUCUCGAUGGUCGCUGCAUCUGACUCCUGGCCCUGACGAGAACGGCUGGUUCGACUAUGCUGCUUUUGUCUUCUGGGUGAUAGCUCUGUCUCUGGCAGCGUGUCUGGUCACUCUACAAACAAAGACAGUCGUCAGCUCGGCCGUCAGUCUAUCCACGCUCGACGAGAACCUUGCUGCGCCUGCACACGCCCCGACCACCGCUGAAGCUAGAAAGGACAGCUCAGGAAGUCCCACGCGACGCUUCGCCCAAGCUGCUCAACGUCCUCCUAUGAUAUACUACCCAGCUGCUGGAAGUGGUGUCGCAGAGGUCAAGGUCAUACUGAGCGGUUUCAUCAUUCGAGGAUACCUCGGUCUGCGAACUCUUGUAUUCAAGACUUUGGGUCUGAUCCUCAGUGAGGGGCCGUUUGUCCACAUUGCAACCUGCGUCGGUAACGUCGCCUGCCGUAUGUUUGAAAAGUAUCAUGUCAAUGACGCCAAAAGACGAGAGAUUCUCAGUGCGAGCGCUGCAAGUGGUGUGGCAGUGGCAUUUGGCUCUCCAAUAGGAGGUGUUCUUUUCAGCUUGGAGGAAGUUAGCUACUACUUCCCGCCAAAGACUCUGUUUCGAACCUUCUUCUGCUGCAUUGUAACACUGUCGCUGAAAUUCCUCAAUCCCUAUGGGACCAACAAGAUUGUGUUAUUCGAAGUCCGCUACUUGACGGAUUGGCAGUUCUUUGAGAUGAUCAUCUUCAUACUCUUGGGUGUCAUGGGUGGCAUCCUGGGAGCACUCUUCAUCAAAGCCUCACGUCUUUGGGCAACAACUUUCCGACGUAUCCCAAGCAUCAAAAAGUAUCCGGUUCUCGAGGUCUUCUUGGUGGCUUUGAUUACUGGACUCGUCAGCUUCUGGAACAGAUAUACAAGAAUUCCUGUCUCAGAGCUGCUGUUCGAAUUGGCCAGCCCUUGCAACUCUUUCAGUUCAUCUGGUUAUGGACUUUGCCCUACUGAAGAGAAUAUCCCCAAUGUCAUUGGAUAUCUAUGCAUCGCAUUUGUGGUCAAGUCUGCGCUCACGGUGGUGACGUUCGGUAUCAAAUUGCCUGCAGGCAUCUACGUGCCCUCGAUGGUGGUCGGUGGUCUCCUUGGACGCAUUGUCGGCCAUACGGUGCAGUUCAUCACAUUGAAGUACCCACAGCUGGAGAUAUUCGGAAACUGCCCUGCCAAUGGGAAUCCAGAGUCUUGUGUCGUGCCAGGUGUGUACGCGCUUGUGGCAGCCGGAGCCACUAUGACGGGUGUAACGAGACUGUCGGUCACUCUUGCUGUCAUCUUGUUCGAACUCACUGGCUCUUUGGAGCAUGUUCUGCCUNNUUUCUCGAUUGGCGUCUUGGUGUCGAAAUGGACAGCCGACGCCCUCGAGCCACUCAGCAUCUACUCACACCCACCCUUCCUCGGCGACCUCGGCGACAUCACCCACGCCCCAAACCCCAAACGCCUCAUCGACAUUUCCUCGUCGCCGUUCGUGCCCGCACACCAACUACGCAGUAAACUCGAGUACAUGCACAUGGCCGGUGAGCUUGACGGUGGCCUNCCCCUCCUCCGCCACGGCGUCCUCGUCGGCAUAAUCCCCGGCCCAGACCUCGAAUUCGCUCUCGAUCACCUCGACAAUGACGGGCCUGAUGAUCAAGACUUGCUGUGCUAUCUGGGACGCCCUGCUUGCCGCUCUGCCUCUACGUCUGAGGAAUCGCUGCAUAUUCUCGAGUCUUCUGCUGCAGAUAUCGGUAGAGGGUUCCAUGACAACGAGGUUGAUCUUUCUUCUUGCGUGGAUCCUUCGCCCAUGGCAUUGGAUAUAAAGUCUCCUUUGGAACUGGUCUUUGAGUUGUAUUCGAAGCUGGGAUUGAGGUAUUUGUGUGUCUUGGACGGGGGCAAGUUUGCGGGCUUGGUGCAUAAAAAGGCGUUUGUGCGCUAUGUCAAGGAAUUGGAGCAUCAAGAGAGGAAAGGGGGCAUUGAUUUUUUGGUUUCUGUUUGCUGCAGGAUGAGAGAGAAAGGUAUGUUGCGGGAGGAAGUGGAGGGGUUUGAUGUGGAGUUGUAUUGCAUUGCAGAGAAACAUGAUUAUGAAGGCAUUCAGGCAUGUAUA